AUGGCUCAACUGCCCAACCAAGCUUCUCUCGACCCGUUGACUGGUCUUCCAAAGGACAUCUCACAUGGUGUCCCCUCUCCCCCUCCAGCAUACUGUCCGCCAGCCCGUCAUCUACGACACCAAGCAGCUACCCGACGCGUUGCGGAAGAUCCCUCACGCGCCACCAGCGCCGCGCAGUUCUCCCAGCUGUGCAACAUGAACAAUGCAAAUUACGACAACAACCGCGAAUACGUCAACCUCGACGUACCCCACGACUACGACGACGAGCGCAGCCCAAUCGAGCUGCGCAUCUGCACCACGGUGCAGGUCGAGGGCGACAACAACGCCAUCCUGAUGACGGCCCCCCCGGCGGACCACGCCAAGGCCGUCGUGGACGCCGUCACGGCCACGAUACGCCAGGCCGGCAGCAUGAACGACGGCGGCAUCCCCAUGAUCGACGAGGAGGGCAGGCCGAGGCCAUUUCGGAUCACCGUCGAGGCGGGGAUGCACAUUGAGGGCUCGGGGAACGUCCUGGGAAGCGAAGAGCACAUCAAGCAGCUCCUGGGUGGGAAGCGCAAGCGCGACGAUGGUGAUGGCGGCCGGGUCGUUGUGGCCGCUGAUAAGGGAAGCGAUGACGAUGCUUCUCCCCAACCGAGACGCUUGCGGAGGUCUAGCAUUUGA